GCUGCGCCCACUCUCCGGCAUCCACCCUUGAGGCCCUGUAAGGACCACUUUGGCCUCGCUGGGUGUGAAGGCUCUCCUUUCUGUCGAGAGAUUGAUCGUGUCGCCAUCUGAUAUCGUGCCCUGCCCAUUUCCAUUCUCUUGAACAGUCGGUGAGGGAUGCGUCCGUACAUCUAAUCGGCCGCUGUGCACCCCCGAGCCAGCCACUCAGAAGUUACCGGCUCCUAGGCCCAUCCGGCCAAAAAUUGUCGUUAGGGGGCAACGUCCAAUAACGUCAGCUCUGGCCGUCCGUGACACCGACCGGAAACAAUCUCGACGAACGGCAGCCCUUCUCCGACGACACACGUUCCUUUACCUGCCAUUACCUACAAUACUCCAGCGAUAGCCAGCCGUUGGCAACGGAUACACCGUGGUUGUCAGGAGCACACUGGGCUUUUGUAGCUGGCUGAGACCAUUGUUUGCCUGCCCUGUGAGGUGCGACAUCUAGACCAGACCGUUUCCCCGUCGAGGUAGCCGGCGAGACGUCGACACCGAGAUACGAACAUGGCCGAUUAUCAACCGGACCGAGUGCCACAGUCGAGGCAUCACCAGCAGGGACAUGCCGACACCUACCAGCGAGAUGCCGCCUUCUCCAACAUCUUUGGCGCCGCACCGCCCCCGGGCCGUUCGCAGACUAUGACCUCGUCCGUCCACCCGCCCGAAUUCAUGCAACCGGGUCGCACCCAAACUAUGACAUCCACUUCAGGCAUGUCGGACAUGCAGCGACCUCCGCCUCAACGGCCACCUCAUGGCGGGGGAGGAGGAGGAGGAGGAUACGGCGGGCCUAUGCCGCGACAGCGGCCGAACGACCGAGGAGGGUACGACUACUACCAGACGCAAGGUCAACCGCGCUCGGCUUCGACCGGAAACCAGGUCCCGUCGCCCCAAUUUCUUCAGCAACAGCAACAACGGCGCCCCUUCCCCGGAAGCCCGCCGCCGCAGCAGGGGCAACAGGGCUACCCGCCUCAGCACUAUAACCAGCAAUAUCAGCAGCAACCGCCGCCGCGCAGGCCACCUCAGGGGUCGCCGCCCCAGGACUAUCACAGCCCUCAGCAAACCGCAACCCAACGGUUCUACCAAGGCGGCAGACCCGCUCCGGCGAUGAAUGCCGACCCCUAUCGAUCUCAGUCUCUGGCGAGCUAUCCGAGAGGACCCCCGAUGUAUCAACCUCCUCCGCAACAAUACCAGCAACAAGCCCCAUCUGCCAACGCCCUUCGCAAUGCUCAGUAUAGUCACCAGCACUCGGCGCGGACCACCGCACAGGGCCGGGUUGUGCCCGAGAGACACUUUGAGGAUCGUUCCAAUACCAUGACCGGUUAUCCCUCCCACGAUCGAGAUUCUCACCAGACGAUGAGUGGCCGCGUGAUUCCGAAUAGAAGGCCGGCGGGGCGCGACAGUAGCGGUGGUCAUUCGGUGACGGCAGACUAUCUGGCCAAUAGCUCGCAUAGCUCGCCAAAUCCAGGGCAUGCUAUGGGGUACGGUCCCCCCGGAUCUCAGACAAGGACGGUCAGUAUGGCCUCCUCAGUUGGAAACGACAGUCAAAGGACAAUGUCAAUGGCCAGCACCAUCACACCUUCGAUAGCCCCAACAGACAGAAGCGACACUACGAUUGUUCAGAGGUCAUCUGUAGGCAGUGAGAGACCACCGACAGCCAGAAUUCGGCCACCAAUUGUGUACCCGGCUCUCCUAUCUCGUGUUGCCGAGUGUUUCCGGCGAAAGAUCGUGGUGGGAGACAGGACCAAGAACGAACUGACAUACACCAACGCCUUCAGCGGUGCCGAGGCGGUUGAUGUUUUGUCUUACAUUAUCAGAACCACAGAUCGAAACCUGGCUUUGCUACUGGGGCGCGCACUCGACGCACAAAAGUUCUUUCACGACGUCCAGUACGAACAUAGGUUGCGCGACUCGACCUACGAAAUGUACCAGUUCCGCGAGACGAUGUCGGACGAAGCGAACGAGGAACCGGGGGUGAACGGUGUCUUUGUACUGCUCUCCGAGUGUUACUCUCCAACUUGCACCAGAGAUCAACUGUGCUAUUCUAUUGCAUGCCCAAGACGACUGGAGCAGGUGUCUAGGCUCAAGCUGACUAUGGGUCCUGGUCUCAAAAGAGAAGGAGAGGCCACGGUUGGUGACGAUGAUGUUGAUCAAACAGACGAACAAAGACUCUGGAUCAACACCGUUCCCAAGGAGAUUGCUGACAGCAUCGGAGAUCGUGAAAAGAAGAGACAGGAGGUUAUUGCGGAAGUCUGCUACACGGAAAGAGAUUUCGUCAAGGACUUGGAGUAUCUUCGUGACUUUUGGAUCUUCCCACUGCGUGGAAAGAUCAACGGCAUGUCGCCACUUCCACCACAGAGACGAGAAAAGGUGGUCAAGACGAUUUUCAGCAAUAUCAUCGAUCCGCCAAGUAUCCACGCCGUCAGCUCCAAGUUUGCCAGGGCACUUACGGAGCGUCAGCAAAAGACGCCGGUUGUCAAAAACAUUGGUGACGUGUUCCUGGAGUAUGUGCCGCACUUCGAGCCGUUCAUUCACUACGGUUCCAAGCAGCUGGAGGGCAAGCACGAGUUCGAAAAUGAACGGGCCAUAAACAAGGACUUUGCGCUUUUUGUGGAUGAAAUUGAACGGCGGAGAGAGUCGAGGAAACUGGAACUGAACGGUUACCUGACAAAACCGACGACGAGGCUGGCCAGGUAUCCGUUGCUGUUGGAGAACGUCUUGAAAUACACUGAAGACGGCAACCCUGAUAAGGAGGAUAUUCCCAAGGUGCUGACCUUGAUCCGUGAUUUCCUCAGCAGGGUGAAUGCCGAGUCUGGAAAGGCUGAGAAUCGUUUCAACUUGCGCAGACUUCACGAGAACCUCAAGUUCCGUCCCAACGAAAGGGUCGACUUGAAGCUCACACAUGAGGGCCGUGAGAUGGUGUACAAGACUCAGUUCAAAAAGACGCCGACGGAAACGACAGCCGAUAUCACUGCUUACUUGUUUGACCAUGCUAUCCUUUUGGUUCGGAUCAAACAGGUGGGCAAGACGGAGGACAUUAAAGCCUAUAGGAGGCCGAUUCCGCUGGAGCUUCUUUCCAUCAAGGAGAUGGACGAGGUUAUUCCGCAGUCUGGUUCCGUCAAGAGGACAUCGUCUAGUUUACUGCCUCUUCGCGCGGCCAAUGACACCAAAAAGGGCGAAUGGCCCGUCACUUUCCGGCAUCUAGGCAAGAACGGUUACGAGCUGACGCUGUAUGCUUCGAGCCAGUCCGGACGACAGAAGUGGCUCGAGUUCAUCGAUGCUGCGCAGUCCAAGCUGAGAGCCCGUGCCGACUUCUUCAACACGACUGUCAUCUCGUCUGGCUUCUUCUCGCCCCAGAACAAGAUCAACUGCAUCACGCCUUUCGAUGGCGGUCGCAAGCUUAUUUACGGUACCGACAGCGGCAUCUACAUGUCGGAUCGUCGCGCCAGGGACGGAAACGCAGCACCGCGCCGUGUGAUAGACGUGACGGGUGUGACGCAGGUUGAUGUCCUGGAGGAAUAUCAGCUUCUGCUGGUUCUCUCCAACAAGUCGCUGUUGUCGUAUCAGCUCGGUGCGCUGGAUCCCAACGAGCCGCUCUCGUCCAAGAGGGCCAAGAAGAUUCAGAACCACUGUAACUUCUUCAAGUCGGGUAUCUGUCUGGGGAGACAUCUUGUCUGCUGCGUCCGAAGCAGCGCGCUGUCUACCACGAUCAAGGUCUACGAACCGAACGACGCCAUGUCCCGCACCAAGAAGCAAAAAGGUCUCUCCAAAAUGUUCAACGCCGGCCAGGACGAACUCAAGCCGUUCAAGGAGUUUUACAUCCCCACCGAAUCGACGUCGGUCCACUUCCUUAAAUCCAAACUGUGUGUCGCCUGCGCUAGAGGGUUUGAAGUUGUUUCUCUCGAAACGCUGGAAACGCAAUCGCUGCUCGACCAAGCCGACACGUCACUGGAUUUCGUGUCGAGGAAGGAAGGGGUCAAGCCUAUUCACAUUGAGCGCCUUAACGGGGAGUUUUUGCUGAAUUACAGCGAGUUUUCGUUUUAUGUGAACAGGAACGGGUGGAGGGCGAAGCCGGAGUGGAGGCUGGACUGGGAAGGGUCACCGCAGGCGUUUGCGUUGAGCUACCCGUGGAUUCUGGCGUUUGAGCCGAACUUCAUCGAGCUAAGGCAUUUGGAGAAUCUGUCGGUGCAUAUUGUGCCGCAUAGGAACUUGAGGAUGCUGCAUUGCAGCACGCAUGAGAUCUUGUUUGCGUACGAGGAUGAGCAAGGACAGGAUGUGGUUGGGGCGAUUGACUUUUGGAAGAGCCAGAGGGGGAGUAUGUACCCUGUUGAUGGGGCGGCGCCGGCAGCGUUGCCGUCGACAGAGGGGGGUGGCCAAGGGGCGGCGUCGGGUACUUCGGGGCAGCAGCAGCAGCAGCCGCCUAGGUUGACGGUGAAUAUCUAAGUUUAUCAAGAAGGUAAAGGGAAAGUAAUAUUCCGGUUUGGAAGUCUUUGAGUUCAAAGUAAGGGGGGGAGCGGUUUGCAGACGGGGUUUGAAGGAAGAGGAGCAGUAGCAGCAGGGUUGGAAUAUCUGGGAGAGUUCUCUUUUUCUUCAAAAUUUCGGGAAGUUUCUAUUGUAGUGUGGUUGGGAUCGUGGAGUGAUGUUUUUGUCUGUCUAACUUUUUUUUUUCUGUUUGUUUUCUACAUAACACACAAGUCCAA